AUUCAAUUGUUGCUCCUAACCUUGCCGGAACUCCAAAUGUCGACGACCAAUGAUAUGACGUGAAAGUUAUGUCCCUGAAGUCGUUGGUUUCGUACCAUCUCCCCUUCUUUUUUUAUUGCAUUCUCAUUUUGAUUAUAAGUGCGGAAAGUACACCUUCUCAUAGUGCUAAGGGGUGGGUAUUUUCCAUUUAAAUAAGUACUUCUUUUCAGGAUACUGAUAGCUAAUACAGUUGAUGGUUCAUUUAUUGGCUUAGAUAUCGAAAAUGGAAAAGAAUUAUGGAAGAUAGAUGGCCCUCCACUUGUUUCUCAAAGCCUCAGUGACCUACAGCUCAUGACGAAGACAAAGUCAUAUAACAUCGUCCCAUCUCUGGAAGGACAGCUUUUCUUAAUGGAGAGGAGAUUAACAAAUGACCUGGAGUUGUCUCAGGAGGCAUCGUUAAAAGCACUACCACUGAAUAUUGAUUCUUUAUUUUCCUCGAAUUUUAUGCUCACGGAAGAGUCCAUCUUAACUGGAGGACGAGACCACUCAACUUUUGCUUUCAAUCCUAAUGAUGGAAAACGUGCUUUACGAAACCUACUGACUGACUGGUUUCAACGUAGAACUUUGCACAGAUGUGCAUCAGUUCAACUUGCCACUCUCCCUCCAUGUAUCACACAAAGCAAGAGGAGAGAGUAGAGAGGAAUUCAAAAGAGAUAACAGAAGUGUAAUGCUAAAAGAAUAGUGACAUGGAAGAACAGUAGAUUUUUAUUGGAUAUGAUCAAUCACGAAGACUGAAUUCAUCUGCGCCAUUGAGAACGAAUUUGAGCCAUGUCACCGAUUGUCUCCAGCCAUCGGCUUUUACCACCCCAAGGACCCCAACCAGGAAGUUUACACCUCCCUGUGGCUUAAACUAGCUGUUGUGGAUUUCAUUGGCGGUUCAGUAUAUGUAAAUGUGCUUCUUGGGACAUCUAAUCCAACAGAAAAAGGGAGAGUCAAAGUUCCUUUUUACGGUAUACUUUACUUAUACCAAUUUUUUAUACUUGUAGAAGUGUGCUGUCACUGGUUUUUCCAUAGGCUUACAUGUCGUGAAGGUUGAUCAAUUUAUGGAUUAUCUGAAAGACAAGAGUAUUAAGCAAAUAGAGUCCAGGGGACAACUGUUUGAAAUCAGUCACAGGUGGAGGUUUUGGAGAUUUUUUCGUGCAGAACACCUUACCACUGGCAACGAAUGACAAUGUCAAGAAAUACAAUUUGCGGUAUCACCCUUUUUUAACCUCCUCCACAGAACAAGAAGGUGGCACAGAUGUUUUUGUGUUUGCUCAUUGGCGCACUUCACUCGUAGCGUAUCCGUAUCUGCCAACAGUACGACAUCGGCCUCAGACUCCUUACAUAGUUUAAAAAGUACACUAGUGGCUGCUUUCAAAACGCCGGAAAUACCCGCUGAGUAAUGGUGAAAAAACAGCCCAGCAGAGAAAAUUUUCUUAUUGACAAAGCAGUCAUAUUUAUGAUUGCUGAAACAAACAGCAGUUUGUCGUUCCAGCCAAAAUAUCUCUCUGAGUCGUUGCAAUAUGCCGACCCAACUGCUACAUGAGGCUAGUAGCUACCUGUUGGGCUGCAGAUGAGGAGAAAUAAGAGUUGAAAACAAAAACAAUAUCUUGUAAAAAUAGUUAAUAAGGUAGUAGUGUAGUCAUAGACUGUUAUAUAUCAUUCACUCCUUUUCACUUACCUGCAAUCAGAUUGUCGUUUGAAUAGUAAAUUAAUGAAAAAAUCCCAACACUUGCCGAAUUAUAGUAAGUAUUCCAGAAAGAGAGAGUGUAUGCGAUCUACUAGGCUAACUUCAGAAAUAUUUAAGCGUAAUAGACCGAUCGUUUCAAUGUGGGCAAUUUCGACUAGUAUUAACCACAGCAAUGUCAAGUUUAAUGUACACUACUUUUCCCUCCUACCAAAUAUCUUUUUUUCUGUUUGGAAGUCAUUCACUCUUACAGCUUCUUGUAUUUAUCACAAAAAGUAGCAUAUUGUGACAGAACUCAUCCUUCACACCGUUCUAACUGUAGUGGUUAAGUGCAUAAGUAGAACUUCUAGCUAUGAUUGGCAAAUAUUGAAAGUAUUUUGUAUUCCUAGAAAUAUCUUAGAUUAAAUAAUAUGUAAACGUCUAUCAAAUGAAGUAAUUUCGUUGUCGCAUUAGAACUUUAUACUGCUAGUGCAGUAGUAAAUUAGUCAUCAAAUCUUAAGAAUGUAAAGGAGGCUCUUCAGAUUUAUUCUAAUGAUCAGAUGAGUGUGUAUAAACAGGCAGUUAGCCUCUUAUGAGCCUAUUUGAGAGAUUCAACAUGCAUUUAUAAUCCAGGGCGUUACUGUUUUUCUAAUUCGGCUAGUUUUCUGGUAUUAUAUUGGUUUCAUAACGCCGACAAUGAUAGUUCCUUUUUACAGUCUGCAUAGAUGUGAAGAGUUUGAGAGAUGUACAGCUGGUUGAAUAGAUAUGUGUAGAGGCAACAAAGAAGAAAGUUAAUGGUAGUUACAAGAGACGCUCUGAGUUGAACUUGUGUGCAGGUGAUUUAGAAUUGGGAUCUAUUCACAUUAUGAAAGGUGAAGUAUUCCAUAUUUGUGAUAGUGUCUUUGCUUUAUGUGUUCGGGUGUUUCGAAACUGCACUUAUAUUUCCAAACGACGCAGUUGAGAAGGAAGUUUUGAUGGCAGUGGCACUGCUUUGUGAUUUCCUAGUCUUUCUCAGGUUAAUGUUCUGAAAUGUGGGGUUUACACUGUACUUUCUGAAUACUCUAUUGUGAUAAAAAUAUUUUCUGACUAAUGAAUAUUUAAGGUAACCGAAAUUUUUUGUCUGCUUUGGAUUUUGUUUUUGGUGUCUUAUUUCAUUGUUUCUGUAUGUUUGUUGUCUUAGCUUCUGGACUUGAAUUCUGAUAUUUAUUCUUUUGUAGAUAAGAUAUAAUUGUACGCGUGAUGGAUGUACCAACUCUAAUAUUGAAAAAAGCUUAUCUGAUGGAAACGUCAAUGCAAAUGAUCCAACGAUAAUAGCUUACAGAGUGAAUAAUAUAGUGCGCGCAAUUAAUGCUCCAACGGGAGUUGAGAAAUGGAAUAUGAGUGUUCAUAAAUAUGAUCUUUGCUUAUUAACCGAUGGGAUUCCUGCACCAAUUAAUGCUGUUCAAAAGCCAUUACCCCUUUGUAACGUACCUUUGGAUUCUCCACAUGUUCGCAGUAAUUUUAUGGAUGAGUCGUAUGUCAGUAUGGAGGAACCAGACUGGGAUAUUGGAUUAGAUAAACGAAUAAUAACAGCACGAACAAAGGACACACAUGCAGAAGAAUUGUGGUCAUUCAACUUCACCUCCAGAAUAUCAAAAGCAUGGAUAUAUCGUAAAGAUAUACAGAAUUUAAGAUCAUUACCAUUGUUUACAUAUGAUAGAGCUACUGUCUUAUUGAUUGAAAAGUUCAAUGAAUUUCAAGAAAAAUCUUCUGCUGUUCGUAGAUUUGAAGUACUGAAGGAAAAAGGUUUGAAUCUAUUCAACAGAAAAAAGACUCAUUCAUCAACAGAUAGUCAGAAAAACAAAUGUGUUUCACGUGAUCGCCUUAUUUACCUUGGUAGUUUAAAUGGUCAGCUGUAUGUUCAGGUUGAAGAUGGCAUAGAUCUUCCCAGUCCUGAUAUGAUCAAUCUUUCCAAGAGCUUAUCACUACGCACAAAUGGAGUACUAGAUGAACCUAGUGAGCCUGGUGCCUCUUCAUUGAUUGGAUAUUAUCGUGCAUCUUAUUCGCAAGCAUCAAAAAUGCAAACAUUUAUUCAACCUCUCCUUUCGGAUGACAGUGUUGAAGAUACAAUUGAAAGAGUUACUGCUCUAGGAUUUCCAAACAAUGCAGAUAACUUUAAACCUUUACUUGGCUUUGAUUCAGAUACUUCAGCUGAAGAAACGAAAACACAACCUUCAACUAACGAGGAGUCUAGUUAUAACAAUGGUCUGCCGGAACGAAUAUUUAGUAGUGCUAAUGACUUAGUUAUGCUUCUUUUACGUGCAAGCGAAAUUGCUGUAAAUCAUUCGCCUAAUGAUUCUGAAGCCAGUCGUUCCCUUGGAUAUAGUUUGUCCAGUCAUUUCAUGCAGAUGGCAUUAGUUGCUGCGAUCCUUUAUUUCACUGCACAAUGGAUCAUGAAUAUGAAAAUUAACUAUGAUAUACAGUUAAGAAAUAACUCAUUCUACGAGAAAACAUGUUAUCUGGAAUCAGUUGUUGUUCAACCAAGUAGUUCUUCGGGAAGUUCAACUGAAACAGCAGUAUGUCCAUCCUGUUCCACUUCAAAUACUUCAUCAUCGUCUCCACCUAAUCAGUCUGUUUCUGGUCCCUUUUAUCAAUCAUCCUUCAUAUCUCCAUUUGAAACAGAUUUCAAAUUUAUACGUCGCCUUGGACGUGGUGGUUUUGGACAAGUGUUUGAAGUUGAAAAUCGUUUAGACGGUUGCCGUUAUGCUAUCAAACGUAUUAAGAUGAAUGAUGCUGAUGACGAUAAAAAUGUGUUUCUACGAGAAGUUAAAGCUUUGGCUACUCUCGAUCAUCCAGGCAUAGUGCGCUAUCAUCGAGCUUGGAAAGAAUAUCCUCCAGCUGGUUGGCAGGAAUCACGGGAUGCUUUGGUGUUGGAUUUAUCGGAUGACUGUACUAGUAGAAGUGGUGAUAGUGGUCAUGAUUAUGGAAAUGAUGAAAAUCGUCUGUCAAGUGUUGUUUCCUCAUCAAAUUUCGAUUCACGUCAUUCAAGUAUAUCGUUAGGUGUUGAAGAAAAUUCAGUAGGAUCAAAUGGAUCUAUUUCUUUCAGUUCUCAUAAACAUUGCAAGCCUAAUUCGGAUGAUGAUAGCCUUAUUGUAUUUGAAAAUCCAGUUGGUUCUGAGAAACACUCAUCUGCUAAUUCAAACCUUUCCAAAUAUUCAUUUAACAAAAGAUCUGCAAGAGUACAGCUAAAACAUGAAGUCAGAUAUACAUGUUAUUUAUACAUUCAAAUGCAAUUGUGUUCUCCAAAAAGUCUACGUGAUUGGCUUGCUGUGCACAAUGCUCCAGAAUCACGCCCACGUGCCGAAUUAAUUUCCAUGUUUCGUCAAAUUGUAGACGCUGUAGCCUAUUUACAUAAUCAUUCUUUAAUGCAUCGUGAUCUGAAACCUUCUAAUAUCCUUUUUGACUUAAGCAAUCGUCUUAAAUUGGCUGAUUUCGGUUUAGUCACUUCUAUGUCAGAUGAAAAAUCAAUUCAACAGGAUAUGUUGCCGGUGAAUUGCAGUGAUCAAAAUAAACAAUUUUCAUACCCUCAAAUGACUAAUGAAAACUACUUGAAUACGAAUAAUAAUGAUGAGGGACAUGGUAGUUUUAUUGAUCGUCAACUACGUCCCUUAAAAGACAUCAGUACUGUGCAACAAAAGCGUGCUGUCUUUGCACGUCGACAUACUGACCAUGUGGGCACAGAUCUGUAUAUGAGUCCUGAACAAGAACGAAGUGAUAGUUAUGACCAUAAAGUGGACAUCUUUUCAUUGGGAUUAAUCUUCUUGGAACUGUUGAUUAUAUUCAAUACAUCAAUGGAAAGGAUUUACACCUUGACACGGGCAAAACAACAAAAACUCCCAAAGGAUUUUGUCACUUUUAAUCCGGUCGAAACUGAAUUCGUUCUGAAACUUUUGGAUAUUGAUCCAUUCAAUCGUCCUGAAGCUUCUGCAAUUUUGGAGAUUCCACUAAUUAAACAAUCUGCCUCAUAA